CUUGCACUUCUGACAUGUUUGUCACCGACAAGCGCCACCGCGACCCGGAGGGCUACUAUGCCCGCCUGGGUGUGCCCCCGACGGCCACUGAGAGGGAGAUCAAGCUGGCGUACCACCGCCUGGCACUCGUGAGUGAAUGCACUGAUAUCAAUCAAGGCAGGCCACAAAAGGCUGGGGGGAAGUCUCACGCACCAGAGACGCCAUGGAGCCAGACGAGUGUAGCGCUGACCCAUUUGCACUGCGUGGAGCUUCCCUUGACCAAAGGCAGCUCGGCUCAUCCCCCUCUCCCUGUCUGUGUGCGGCUGUGUCCUGGACUCCUGGUUGCUGCAGACCCACCACCCCGACAAGCCUGGCGGGGACACGGAGGCCUUCAAGGCCAUCGGAGAGGCCCACAAGGUCCUCACGGACCGUCUGGCGAGGCAGCAGUACGACCGCAUGGUAUGGGAGAAAGCGAUGCAGGCAUGUGUGGGUCCCUUGCUUUUGAUUGCAGGCCCGCUCGCCGCUGGAUCGGGACCUGACGUUUGACGAACAGGUGAGUGAGUCUCACACGCACUGCUUCGCUCCCAAACUGACUGACUGACACAUAGGUCAGUAUGAUCAGAUUCUCACCUCUCUCUCUGUCUGUGUGUGUGGGUUCCACCUCAGGAGGCCCUCAUGAGAGAAACUCAGGCCAAAAUUGAUGCCGCCGCAGAGAGGUGCCGAGCCUUCAUCAGAGAAGUGAGCAACAGAGCGCACACACAUGUGCAAAUCCUUCCUGCGUGCCUUCCUCGAGAGAGCGAAAGUGCCUUAGUUAAUUGUGUUCUGUCUGUGUCUCUCUGAAUGAAUACAGAAAAUGGCCGAGGAGGAGAGGGAAAGGGAGGCCAAGGCCAACGGGGCCACCCACACCGCCACAGCCGCCACAGCCGCCACAGCCGCCACGGCCGCCUCGGCCUUCUGCUCCCCGUCGCAGCCGCCACCGCCCACAUUCCAAGCCCCGCCGCCACACCACCACCACCACCCCCACAGCCCCCCCCAGGCGCCCCUCCCCCACCACCCACCACUCGCCCCCACCAGCCAACAGCCACACCCAUACCACCAACAGCAGCCGUCGUUUGACGAGUACCCGAAGGAGGUGCCGGUUUGGGCUGCGGGCGAGGGCGAAGGGGGGUGGUAUGAGUGCCCUGCCACUGGGGAGGCACUGUACUGGGUGCGGGCGGACGAGUGUUGGUGGGAGGUACAUAGCGAGAGGGAAGGGGGCUGCUGGGCCGUGAGGGGCGCCAUGGCCAGGUGCCAGGCAGGCUUUGCCGACACCUUGGAGCAGGCCAAGGAGUGUGUGGUGAGGAGGGCGGAGUGAGACGUGGGAGUGCGUGACGAGGUGGCUGCCGUGCUGGCGGGGGGAGUGAAGGUGUGAGCGUUGGCUGCUUGCUGUCCGCAGGAUACACACAUACAGGCAGCCUGAAAUGAUUGGAUGGAUGGAUGGAUGGACUUAGAAGAGAGACAUCAAACUCAUUUUCAGCGGUGGUGAUUCAGUGGUGGUGGAUCUAUGUUGUACACGUCCACACACAGCAAGUCGGCAACCUUUCAGUAUGAUUUGUGCCGACUUGUGUGCAUAGAUGGGAGGUAGAUGGUGAGUGUGGCUUGAAUGACACCAGUGUGGACCCGCACUUGCGCCGGGGACAAUAGAUGGAUGGCUGUGGUUGACCUUUCCCCUUCUCGCCAGGCCAUGUCUCACUCAUACGCACUCAAGUCGAC